GCAUUGCCAAAAGAUAUUUAGAGGAGGAGGCAUUAAUAGAAUAAAACAACAUCUUGCUAGAAAGGGAGGAGAUGUUAGAAAGUGUGAUAAGGUGUCAUUUGAUGUUCGUUAUCGGAUGCAACAGAGUUUGAAGGAAAUUGAAGAAAGUAAGAAGCAAGAAAAAAAUAUAUGGGAAGAUAAUAAUCCAUUUGGACAUUUUGAUGGAGAUGCAUCAAACUUGCAAGAGAUUCCAAAUCUCUCUUCAGCUCCACAAUCUCAAGUUAAAGGGAAGGGGUUAGGAAUUUCAACAAAUAAGGAUAGAAAAAGGAAGGCAAGUGGGAUACAAAGUUUUUUUGCCCCAAGAACUACUGUUGGAGCUCAGCCAUCAAUUAGAAGUGCCUUGGUAGGUAAAGAUGUUGUCCAUAAUGCUGACUUGGCAAUUGCUAGGUUCUUUUUUGAUACUUGUCUACCCAUAAAUGCUAUCAACUUCCCUUACUUUCAGCCUAUGCUUGAUGCUAUUGCUGCAAUUGGUUCUGGUUAUAGGGCACCAAGUUAUCAUGUCAUGAGAAAUAAAAAAUUUUGGAAUAAUUGUGAGCUUGUAGUGAAAAUUGUGGGGCCACUUAUUCGUUUGCUUAGAAUUGUGGAUAGUGAUGAGAUGCCUUCACUUGGAUAUGUCUAUGAUGGCAUGUAUUGUCAUGCCCCAGAACCCAAAUCCGGGGACGUGGCAAACGCCGUACACUUGUGAGAGGGUCUCACAAAUGCACAAGGCUCAGAACUUAUCAUACCAUACUCUAAUACCACAAAAUCUGAAGAUAAAAAUUUAAAAUUUGCUCUGAUAUCAUAAAAUCUCCAAAUAAAGUCUAUAUUACAAGAUCAUGAUUUAUAUCUAAAAUUUAUGUUCAAUUUAUAAGAUGACUAGCCUUCUAACUCGUCACUCCCCUCAUUUUUCCCCAUUCUUGACUUCGCUUCCUAAAAUGGUGGACAAGGAAAAACUAUGAGAUAACUUAGUAAGUAAAUAUGGGUAGCCAGCAAGUAAAAUUUUAGCAUGCCUGAUAAACAGUUUAACAUAACAAAACGUUUAAUGAUAAACCGUUAAUGCAGAAUCAGAUUCAGUUUAAUAAACAAGCGUUCAAUGACAAACCAUUAAUGCAGAAGAAAAUUCAGUAGUAGUUUCAUCUAUAGGUCAUGGCCAGCGUUUAUAAACCUCCCACUGGCAGGCACAGUAGUAACCAAUGUUUUAUCCCAUUGAUAGGAUUACAGAAUGAACCAGUCUUAUCAGUAAACAUGUCGACAUGUGUUAGCGUUUAUAAACCUCCCACUAGCGGGCACAGUAAUACAUGACCAUAUCAGAGACAAAACCAUGCAGGAUUUACAAAAGAAAUCCGUAAUUCAUAAUCAAUCUCAAAUUUCAAA